AUGUUCUUUAUAUCACGUCUCAUUCUUGGAUUUGCCACGGCAUUUGCGGUACAGGCAGCCCCUAUCUUGAUAUCUGAACUGUCAUAUCCCACCGUUGAGCAUCUUGGAGCGGUUAUUGCAGCCUGGACCACCUACGGCACAUUUCGCUUGAAUUCCACGUGGUCGUGGAGAAUCCCUUCUGUUCUCCAGGCUGCCACUCCCCAGCUGCAGCUUUGCCUCGUUAGGUUAGUACCCGAAUCGCCCAGAUGGUUAGUGUCCAAGUGCCGAGUUGCAGAGGCGCGCAAGACGCUCGUCAAAUAUUAUGGCGACGGAGACGAGUUGUCAGCCCUUGUCACUUUUGAAAUCAAGGAGGUUGAGGAAAGUAUUUGGAUCGAGAGGCACACAAACUCCGAGGCCUUGUACGUCGACCUUGUCCGGACGCCCGCCAACCGCAAACGCACCUUCAUUGCGCUGGUCUCGGCUGGUUUGAAACGUGGAGUGGCGUUGCAGUGA